UAUCCUCCUCACCGAAGGACAAUAUUGAUUAUUUGCUGUUUUCAUGCUGCGUAAAAUUUUCUUACGAGAUCGAAAUGGAUGGCUUUGCAUAUUCAUUAGUAAUAUAUUUAUUUGUCAUGAUAAUAUUCUGUCAAGAUGUUGUGAGCGGAGCACGGUCUAGUUUGUAUCAGAUGCCUAGGAGCCAGUACUGCAGCAGUAGGAGCUACAACAUGUACAGAGAGAUAGAUGGCGCUCAGAUAACCAGCGCCAGAAACCCUCUGUACCAAACAUCCUCUUGUGAUAUGACUUUCAAGGCAGAUGACAGUGGAUUUGCAGUGGACUUCAAAUAUUUCAAUAGUUCAGACUGCAAAAGUACUCUCACUCUUUUCACAGCGUAUAGUAGAUAUAGCAACAGGUUGCAGAAGUUAGAAUUAACUUGCAACUCUCGAAAGCCUGAGUACUUAAAAUUCCAAAUGCGGUAUCUCACUCUGAGAUAUGUCAGCAGGGGUGGUACACAAGACAUGCAGUUUAAAGUUGUACUGACCAGCUACAGAACUAGCUUUACAUGUUCAGGUUUUCGGUGCUCAAAUGGUCUGUGUAUUGACCGUGACCUCAAAUGCGAUGGGGUGGAAAAUUGCCCUGAUGGCGGGGACGAAGUGGGAAACUGCGGGAGAUAUUAUAGUGCAACCAGGACCGUGUCGUGGGGUGCAUACCUUGGAGGGUUCAUUUGUUUGGCUGUGAUAAUUGCCAUCAUAGUGGCUGUCAUAGUGGUCAGAAGGCGUCGCAUGGCAAGAAGAGGACACACACAUGUCACUGUCAACACACCCUUAGGCAGCAAUGCUCCAGAGACCAUGGACCCUCUAAUGGGUCCUCCUCACCUGUAUGGGGGGCAACAACCACCAGCACCUGCCCCAGGGGUCUAUGUGCCUCCGCCCCAGGGAUAUCCACAGCAACCCCCACCCCAAGGAUAUCCACAGCAACCCCCACCCCAGGGAUAUCCACAGCAACCCCCACCCCCUGGAUAUCCACCUCCACAAGGGUAUCCACCACCACAAGGAUAUCCAUCCCAGGGAUAUCCACCCCAGCCACCAGCAGGAGGCUACCCUGCACCAUACCCACCUCCACCGGGACAAGUGGGAUAUAAUGCUGGGACUGAUCAGGUCAACAUACAGUAGUGGGAUAUAAUACUGGGACUGAUCAGGUCAACAUACAGUAGUGGGAUAUAAUACUGGGACUGAUCAGGUCAACAUACUGUGCGGAACAUAAAAGAUCAGGUCUUAUAAACAAAUUAGCCACUUGCGAACUAAAGCCUCAGAGUUGCGAACAUUAACACCAUAUGAAUGACUCCAAUCACGAUUCCAUGGCCCGCCGGAUGUUCAUGCUCACAAAUCUGUAACAACAAUUAUGGUUAUGAAGUCUGAAAGAUGAAAUAAUCUCAUUCAACAUAUUUUAGUUGUCAUUCCCCUUGGACUGAACUGGAGGCUUUUACUGGCUUGUCCACCCCUUAAACCCAUCAAGCUAUGAUGAUCCCUUGUUCCCGUCAACAUCUGUUCUCAACAAUGAAGGAAUAUAUCACGUUAGAACUGCAUGAUGUUUACUGGGAAACAACACCACUGUUAAGAAGAGUGAGCUACGUGUACAUAUAUAUUUUUUUCAUCAAAAUCAAAUUAAAGCAAGCAUAAUAUUUCAACCCUGGAACCUGUAUUUGAAAGCCUUUGUUGCCUUAUAACUUCUCAUGUUAUAUGUCUCUAUACUGCUAUUUCUCUGUCUCCAGUUACAGGUAAACUGUAGAAAAGACUGUGUUUUCAAGUCUUAAGUAAGCUUACGGUGGCUUCAUGUACCAAGGGUUUUAACUCCCUCAGGACAUAAGAGCAUCUCCACCUUCAUCACGUUUUAUAAUAAAAAAAUCUGGUGCACUGAAGAUGCCAAUUUUUUUGCUCUGGUAAUAAAUUAUGAACCAUUGAAUAUACAACUCAUCACCUGAAGCUGCCCUAGUCAUGGAUAUUGACACAUUUCUCUGGCAACUUACUGAAAUUGAUGAAGUCAUUAAUGUUUGCAAGGUUUUAUGAUUUAGGAGAAUAGCAUUACAAUGUGCUCUACUUAGUGACGAACAGUGUUUUUUUUUAAAUUUUUUAAAAGAGUAUUUGUAUGUUAUAUUUAAUAGAUAUGUAUGUUCUAGUCUUACUUCGUAUAUAUCAUUACUAGUACAUGGUAUCUAUGAGCUUUGCAAGUUUGCCAAAAUUGGUAAAUGACAAAAUUCUCAAAUGUGUUUUUUGUCAGGUUUUAUUAUUAUUAUUAAUAUUUAUAACUGUGUAAUUUGUUGUAUUACCUUCCAUUUAACUAUACAAAUAUGUACAUACCACAGUAUGUGUCAUUUUUUCAUGACAUAUUUUUCUCUUUUGUUUUUGUGCCAAAAAAAAAUUACUUCUGACAUGUAUGAUCUGCUUUUUUCAAAAGAUGCAUUUUAUAGGUUUGUGCAACAAAAUCAGUUUUUUACAUUCUCAUGUCACCAGAAACAUGAUCAAACGAGUCAAACACGUCAUACAACUGAUCAGAAGUAUAUAGAAAUACUUUGAUGCUUAUAGUUGGAUAAUGUGUGAGUGUAGCAUUUUUUGAUGUCAGGGCUACUGCUAUUUCUGUAUCAUCUGUGAUGUGUGUGAUUUAUUCUUUGAUGUAGUGCUCUUAUAAGUCGGGAGUAUUGAAUGAUGAUUUGCAACAUGGGACUUGCAAGUCCUUGGACAUUUACCCUUUGAAAUUUGAAAUCAUGAUUUCACUAUUAUAAUUCACCUAAAAGAGUGGUAUACAUGUAGGUGUUAAAGGACUUGUUCAGUUAGUGGUCAGUAGGUAUUAAACCCUUGUCAGGUCAUUUUGAGUGACAGUAAUAGGAAUGGAAAAUGAUCAACGGUUUAUUCAUGGAAGUAACAGUGUCAUAUUCACUUUCCAAUAAGGCCAUGAAAUCACAGAAUAUAUAUAAUGCAUACAUUUAGGGUUGAAAUGGCAUUUGUUUAAAUCUUUUUCACGUUUUUAAAUAAUUAUGCAUCAUCUAUGUUUUACUACUGUAUGCAAUGUAUUUUUAAGUCUUCAGUCAAAUAAAUGUAUUGACGGUUUUAUGAUGUCCCGUGAAAUUGUUUUCCUCUUUGCUAUUUUAUGUAUCACUCUAAUGAAACUCUUUCAAUAUAUGUUUCCAUUUAUUAUCAAAAGAUUUGAUAUUGCAAGUGAAAAUGAGCAAAUUUUAGAACACCAAACGCAAAAAAAAAAAA